CUCACAUUUCUCUGCUAUUACCCCCAACCCAUCUCUUCCUCAUCCACCCUCGCUCUCCGCCACCAUUAUCAUCCGUCAAGCGCAUACGAGCGCUCCUCGGCUAUACCUUCGAGACUCUCAGUACACGAACACGCUUACCGAGACCUCACCACCGAUACGCCUGACGCCGUCAAGCCAUCGACCUUCUUUCUAUUGAGAAACCUUCCCAUCAUUUUACUCGGCCAAUUGCGUUUAUCCCCGGCCACCACACCUGCGCCCUGCAUUGCCUUCUUCACCUACGUAUUACGUACUUACCACGCCGUCUUGCCAUCACUUCACUUGCGCAUCCGACGCGCCUUGAACUAACCACUGCCCCUUUAUCCACACCUAACACACUUUCUCUCAUUCGUUCUAGUACCCAGCAGGUCGCUCGAGAUGCCGUCUUUCGAUCCCCUCUACGCUUCGUCGCCGGUUCACGCCGCGCCGGCUCAGGCAACUGAUCAAGUCUCGCUCGACAAGUGUUUCCUGCAGCACCAACCCAUGUCCUUCAGCCAACCAGCCUCAGAGCGAGCGCAUUUUUUUCGCACUUUCUCGGUCGCCGGGCGCAAACGGUCCAGAGACGAGGCCUCAGUUAAUCUCGAUCCUCCGGAGAGGAUGGUCGACCGAUACGGCGUCAACGAGUCAGAAAACGAACAGUUCUAUGGUCCCGUCAUAACGCUCAUCAAGAAAUCUGCUGGCUAUAUCCCCGAGGUCAACAGUCAAUCCGGCACCUAUCUCGAGGAACGAGCGGCUGACGGAGAGGCGCGCAAAGCAGAAGCAGCCCGCCUUGCCCAGGCGCAAUCGGCUCAGUCGCGGCCUUCGUUGAGAGGCCAUAAAUCGCAACGGCUCGACAUGACGAGCGAGAAGUCCUCAAGUUGCGGUUCCAACCCCACACGCGAAGCAGCCGACCGAAUGACCGCGUCCCCGGAUUCCCUUGCGCAGCCAGUUGUGGACGAGUUCACCAUCCGUCUGGGCAUCGGUUGGCGCCGGGUCAGCGACGAUAGAUACAUUCAAGCGGCCGCUCGCGGCUGGGCGCGCUACAUCGAGAAUCACUACCCGCUCACCAACGUCAAGGUUUACUUAGAGAGCCGCAGCCUGGAGGCUUACCUGGUCGAAGCUACCGAAGGAUUUUUCCUCUUCGCCAAAAACCUUCGCCAAGGUCGACUCGUCAGCGCGACUGCAGAAGGCGCCAUACCAAACCUCCUGGUGUGGCCGCCGGUCUUCGAUGGACCCGAAACCAUUCAUGCCUCCGAUCCGCCGUCUCCCCAACCUCUGGUCUCGGACAAACUUGUCGAAGCAGUGGGACAAGUCUUUCUGGCCGCGAAGAAGAUGGACCUGAGCUGAAAUUUGCUCUGAGAUUCGGACUUGGGUGUUACAGGGAUUUGCUUGAUUUCCAGCACGACUUGCUUUGAGUCUUGCUGUGGCACGGCGUUGUACUGGUAACGUCGACACGACUGAUUUGUUUCUGAUUUUCGGUUUCCGCACAGGAGUUUUCUCACGGGCAAAAAGGUAACUGGGUCUCUGGUCCUUCGCCGCCAAUAUCUGGCGCAAUCCAAGUGUACAAGUAGAAACAAUCAACAAAGCAAUUGCAUACUUCCUUGGCCAUCGCUAUAUGUGUGAGGCCGACUGAUUAGAAGACACUCGGUAGAUCCAUCACGAAACAGACCAA